UUGCAAACAAACAGUAUCAACAACUCGAACUAGACCGUCCGCGAGCCGUGGUAUUCAUAUAAUUUCUUUAAUAAAAGCAAAUACACAAAGAGAAAUGUUUGUUAAAACUGAAGUUUCAGCUCUAAAAUUACCCCAAUCACCAGAAGAAUUUGUUGGUUCAGACAAUGCUGCGUUUUGCAAGGCUUUUGAAGACCCGCAGCUAUGGGCAACCAUUCCAUUGCUCAAUUAUACGCCACUCCAUAAACUUAAAGAUUAUUCUGUUGUUCGAUUUCGUGGUAUGAUACAAGAUAUGCUUGAUCCGGAAAUCUAUUUGGAAAGCUAUGAAGUUAAGAAGAAGGAGCACUCCAGUGGAUCUGGAGAAAUUCGCAUGCAACCGGGGAAAUAUCGGGAUUGUUUGCUUCUUGGAAAAGACGAGGAAGUCAAUUAUCAUUCUGAAACAAAUGUGCAGGGUGAACGCAGAGUUCUCUUCGUGGUAUCAAUUCCAGGCAUAAACGAUUGGGCUAAAACAUAUGAAGAAAACUGUAAUAAGCGAAAUGUGCCUGAAAUUAUCACUAAUGGGGAGUCUUCGAAUCGAUCUAUUAAAAGACCGGUCGCUGAAGAGGAAAUGGAUACAGAAUGCAUGGAUACCGAAGAAUUAACGCAGUGCUCAAGUAAGGGACAAACAGAUACAAACAAGCGACAAAAAGUAGACCAAAUUGCAAGCGACGGAAAAACAACGCCGGGUUCCGCUUCUUCCGCGUGCCUUGGUGCGGAUUACCUACUUAAUUCUCCAAUACCAGACAGGCCAAGUAAAGCGUGUAUGGUCAAGGUGUAUAGCGAUUUUGACUCGUAUAUCAUAAAUACCAUUGUCGAUGUUGUUGGGUUUUUGUCAGUAGAUCCAUGUUUGGAUGGGACAAAUAUGGACGUCGACUAUGACAAUGUUGGUGAAUUACAAGCUCAAAAUCCACCCCCUUCUCUAAUACCUCGUUUGCAUGCCAUAGCUGUGCACGUAUUACCACAUGCCAAUCCUCUACUGGAUCAACGUUUAGGAAAGUGGGAGGCAGACAGUGCCAGUGUGAUAUCUAUUCAAAAGGAUUUACGCAUGUUGUUGACAUUGUGUCUUUUUAAUGAUGACUUGGCUGCUGACUAUUUGCUAUCACAUCUUAUAUCUACUGUUUAUAGUCGUUGCGAAUUGCAAAGUAUUGGAAAGUUUUCUCUAAACAUUUGCAAUUUACCAAAGGAAUCUGUGGCAGAAUAUACCAAGCAACUGUAUGGAAUAUUAGAACAGAUAUUACCGGCGAGUCAUUAUUUGCCUAUGACAUUGGAUACCAUGAACACAGCAGCUUUUGUUCCAAAAAAAGACUACGAAACAAAUAAGCUGGUGUCAGGCUUGUUGCAAUUAGCACCGCAUACUCACUUGGUGUUAGAUGAAACUCGUAUGCAACAGGGUAAACUAGAAGCAAAUGGUGUUAUGGGCAUUCAGAGCAUAGCCAAUCUAAUAAAUAAUCAACAAAUUAAAUGUAAUUUCCAAUAUUACGAAAUAGACUACAAUGUCGAUAUACCAGUAUUAAUAUUGAGUGAAGGUAGAAGUAUGCUGCCGAGUGACAUUUCAUUGCCCUUGAAAACAGACACUGAAUCCGUUCAGUUAAUGACAGAAACAUUAAAAGCCGCCAAUCAUUAUCUGAGUCAAAAUUCUCGCCUGGAACAAUUUAGACGUUAUCUCACUAAUGCGAAAACUUCCGAUUUUACUAUGAAUCCUGGUGAUACCGAGAUGAUACAAAAUGACUUUGUGGAAAUGCGAAAGACGAAUUCAGUAACAAGUGCUGACGACUUGCAUUCACUUCUUGUCCUGUCACGACUAUUGGCUAUUGCACGUGGCAAAAAUGUUCUCGAUAAAGAAUCUUGGGAAUUGGCAAAAGAAAUGGAGUCCAAGCGUCGCCAACGUCUUUCCGAAUUGCCGAAGUCGAAAUUGAAAACACGGCAACAAUAAUUAUUGUUAUUGCAUUUUAUUUUUUUAUAAUAAAUCGAAUGUAUUUUUAUUUUACAAGAAUUGUAUUUAUUGAGGCAAUGUCGUAUUAUAUUUAAUUAAACCUAGCUCGCGGAUAGGUCUGAAAUUUAUACCAUUGAUCUUGGACUCUUGAUUACAAAUAUGUAAAUUUUACCCGUUGGUCGUAACCGGUUAUCCGGUUUUUUGAACCGAAAGUUCGAGUAAAAGCCGAAAUGUAACCAUUUUUUUAGAACUGAUAUGAGUAUCAAUUGAAAGCUUAAGAAAUUGCCUUUCGAAUGUGUGGAGUUAGGAGCAGAAAACAGUUUGUUUUUUAUAUACAUAUUUGCCAUACAUAUUCCGGUUAACAUAAAAUAAAAAUUAAAAAAAAAAAACUGUCGAUGUUCCUGUCGGAUUUCUUUUAAAUUUGAUGUCCCCACUAAUCCACAAACAAAAAAUUUAAUUUAAGUAGAAAUAAAUCAUAUUUUCAUAGCGAAAUUUUACACAAAGAUGUCUGACAUUAUAUUCGAAGAUAAUCGGCCCAAUUACGGUUGUCGUUACUAUAGUCGUCGUCGACUUUAUGUCGAGUCGCCCUCGCCGUCGCUUCGAUUCAAAAAUGGUAUUAUGGUAAGGCAUAGAAGCGACAUCGACAGUUUAAAAUAAAAGUUGGCAACAAUUAAAAAAAAAAAAAA